AUGAUGAGCUCCCAAGAGGAGGAAACUCUCCGUUUUUUCCAAUAUGUUGAGGAGAAUGGGCUGAGAGCCUACAACGGCCUGGUAGCUCAGAACCUGGACCACGCCAGGAAUGAGAGAAAUAGAGCAUUCCUGCAGGAGAAAAACGACAAGAAGAGAAAACAGGAGGAAGCCAUAAGGAGGUAAGAUGGGAAACCAUGUGAUUGAUAAAAGAAAGAAAAGUUUCAGUGGCAAAACCUUUCCACAGAUGUGUCGUAAACCCACAUUCACCAUCCUGUUCAGAUUGUAUAGGAUGAAACAUUAAGAAAACUCACGUCUUGCUACAGCGCACCAUUGGGUGUCUGCUCUGUAAAUGAAUGAAGAAUUGGGACAAGUGGCCAGAGGGUCCUUGUGGCGAUGGCAGGUUGCCAUAUUUUUGGGGUUGCCAGUGUGGACUAGUGCACCCCAUGAUCUAGAGAGAUAAUUAAUUUUUCACUUUGAGACUUAUUUGGGACUUGUGCUUGGAUUGAGGUCAUAGCUGUUCCAUUUUUAAGAUGGAGAGCAUUCAAAAUUAAGAGGGAGGUGGGCUGGGUUGUGACAGAAAGUGAGCUGGGACGCACGGUAAGGCAUGAGACACACCAAUAGACUUCUGGUUAUGCUACUGUGGUUGUGUUUUACUUAUCCUGGUGAUUUGAAGACGAUCUCUCAGGUGGGCUUAAGUUUUAUGAUCACUCAAAAGUUACUGAAACAUGUUUUAAAACUUUAAAAAAGUCAAACGCAGAGUCCACUGCACCCUGUUUUGCACGAUAUGAUGAGCAUGCAGUUCGAGCAGCGCCCCUGCACAGCAACACCUCUGUGGGGCAUCCCGAAACUUGAGCGAAUAGGAGGCACUCAUUCAAAACGUGACCGGCACGUGGAUCGAGCGUGCUUGUGUUGUGGGGUAGAACGGCGAGCAAUGAGUCACAGAGUAGUUUGGAUAGUAACGGGACACAGCAGAGGGGGUUCCAACACGUUUGUGGGACAACACGGACAUCUGUUUCGCUCAGUUUUCCACAAAAUCCACACAAAGUAGUAUAAAGCAACAUCAAGAAAAUACGAUCAGACUUUUGUUUUAUUUCUAAUUUAUGUCUACAGUCUUUUUAUUACAUUUUCUAUUUCAUUCUAACUUUAAAUUCUAUCUUGGAUGCCAAAUUUCAUCAGAUAAGUAGAGCAGAAAUGAUUUUUUUUCUACCUUUAAAUCAAACAGUUUCUCCACUGAUGCAGCCCACUGAACAAACAUCAGUUAGCAGCAGAAAGCCUCAUGGGAAAUGCCAUCCAAUAUUGUCCCUGCGUCUAAAAUCCCUCAUGUUUGGUCAGUCUGUCUGACAUGGCACAAAGUAUUCAAGCAGCUGCCGGGAGUUUUACAUGUGUGUCAGAUGAUUAUGUUGAUGCGGUUUGGAGGCUGACAUCUAUAUGUGACCAGAUGGACUUCUUCUUAACUGAUUUACUGGAAGGCACUGUGAACCUUGUCACAUUUCUGUCAAAAGGGUUGUGUGACCAAAAAAGCUGCUCAAUCACUGCCAUAGUGAAUCUGUGUUUUCAACAGAAUACUCACUGUAUGCCAGCUCUAUGAUCAGAGUUGACUCAGAGUUCAACUUUGCACUUCAGAUAUGAGAGAGGCGGCAGAGUUAAGGUUUAAACAUAUCCCAGAUUGUCUUUCAUCGUCUGCUGGUUAAAUCUCUCUGCUGCCAUUGUCUGAUGCUGUCCUAUUCAGUAACUUGGUUGUUGGGACCGGGCGAUGCCGGAGGAGAGUGGCAUAGACUGUCCUGCCAUCCUUCCACUCUCUUUCAGCUGUUGCUGAAGCUAAAAUAUUAAUACUCAGUCACUGGAGAAAGAGUCUAAAAAAUAACUGGAUUUUUCAUGAGGGCUUAUAAGUAGGUCAGUGAGACGACCCAUUUUUACAGUAACUGACUGAGAGUGAGAGAGAGCGUGAGGUUUCAUGCUUGCAUUUGCGUGUGUUCAAGCACGUACAUGCUUGAUUGUGUAUACACGCGUGCACGGACAUGAACCCCAGGAAGAUUUAAUUUAUCAGCGCACGAGAAAGGGGAGGAAAGAACUAAUGGCGAUUUGAUUGUGUUAGAGUGAAAGGGCUUGUUACAGCAAAUGUGUUUAAGAGAGGAAGAAAGGAGAAAAAAAAACUGUUAGUGAGAGAUUAAGUAUGAGCUCAGUUUGCAGGAGAUGUGUUCUGCCUGGUGACAGCUGGAACAGCCAUAGGCCAAUCAGAUCAGCACGUUUGGUUUGAGUGAGGCGGGCCUUCCUGCCUGCUGCUGUCUCACUCUGAGUUUCUUUCAUUGUGUUUGAGAAGAAGUCACUAACACAGUAAUACGCACGCAAACGCACAGGCAGAUGGCCACAAAUUUACUUAGACAUGCAAAUGUAUGUAAACACACAUCCACAUGCCCACACUCGCACACAAACACACAAACACACACCACAAACAAAAAGGAUUAAACACACUCACAUUUUCUUAGAUUUGAAUAUGCUUGCAAAUUCCAAACGGCUGCUUUCUUGGUGCAGCCAGCUCCACAUAAACAGACAGAUUUCCUCUACAGCCUUUUUCUCUCCAGUAUUUUUUUUUGUUCUGUUUUGUUUUGUUUUGUUUCCUCUGUUGUUUUUUUCUGUUGCGCCGUGUCACAGUGAGAAAACCAGAACUGCCCGACGACACCUCAGCUUCAACCCAUCCAAGUGCACCUGUGAUCUGUCCUCUAGCCAAUCACUGGGCAAAUAUCCUAUAAAUAAUCCAGUCACCACCACUACAGUCACACUGACCCUCCCACACACACCAACAACUCAUGUAUAUGGGCUGACUUCCUCACAAUCACAGCAGAUGCACAUUAAAAACAUAUGAGAAUGUAAAUACUGUGCAUUACUGACACCUGUGACUGAGCGCCAUAUAUGAAGAUUUUCUCCUGAGACUGAUAUGAUUGAUGCUUUCAUGAUCAAUACAUAAUUUUCCAUCUUUCUUUAAUGUGAUACUCAUCAUGUGACUCUACAGGUUGCUGUAAGCCCCUCCUAUUUACAUCUUCACUCUCCUCUUAAAACAAUCCCUGUUGUGGUUAUAAUACGCACAUGAAGUGCACGUGUCCUUUAUUAUUGUUGUGUGGCAGCAGCUGGUUCUGUGUCUGGUUUCUAUGGGUACCCUGUUGCUAGGCAAAGUUAAGCCUCUGACCAGUAAACCCACCCUACCAAGCACCUUCUGUUAAGCAGCUGGUCUGGAGGGAGUCAGAGUCAGCAGAGUGACACACUAACCAAAACAUAUUCACACCAAUCUGCAAGCACACUCACACGUUGGAUUGAAAGUCUUGUUUCCAGACACGUAGAUUCAGCCUGUUGCAUGCCAUGUGGUAAAAUGUCUCCAUCUCACACUGUGGCGUACAAAUAGUGGGAUUCAGUCUCAGCAUUUAUACAAACCAUUUCACCCUGAAUGCAGAUCUUGAGCCCAUGGUUUUUGCGUGUUUGUAUUUAUGGCCCACAGCCCUCUUUUCCUCCAUUACCACAAAACGCUCAGACAUCAUUAAUGCCCCACUCAAGCCAAUCAUCCAUUUAUAGGGAUUGAUUGUGUACUGGCGGUGGGGGUACAUCCAUGGUGUCAAUAAGUGUGUUGUGGUGAGCGUGGUAUUGGUUGUAUCCGGGGUUAAACUCAAAUCAAUGCACUGCCCUAACAGAAACCCAGUUUUUAGUGGCACUAACAUGUCUGCUGUUGUCUGUUUAGCGCAGUCAAAGUUCACAUUUAAUCACACAUAUCUUUUUCUUGUUUUGGUCAUUCUUAUUGCAAAGACCUUUCCAGCUCCUCUGACCAUGUCCCUAACUCCUCUUCUUGUUUCCUCUCUUUCUUAUUUUUUAGGACAGGGGAGGACAUUGCAACCGAAGGGAAGCACUUACGCAUGGGCUCUAUUACCAUGCCGGAUCCCCAGGAACGUAUGCCCAUGCCUCACCCGCAUGCCCUGGCCUGUGGGCAGGGCUUCUCCGUCCGCUCCCAGUCCCUCCACUCUGUCGGCGGUGGGAACACUGGAGGUGGAGGAGGCGGAGGGGAGGAAGAGGUUGGGAGCCCGACCUCUAGGAAACAGCCCCCACCUAAGCCUAGGAGGGACCCAGCUACCAAGCUGAGCAUGUCGUCUGAGGCGGUGGACCACAGUCCCAUGUCCACCUGCCGAGGGGAGAGAUGUGAUGGUGAGUGGUGGUGGCACUUCACACCAAACUGCUGGGCUAUAUAUAGCUGCUCUCUGCAGUGACCUCCUCAACAGAGUUUCUCCUGCAAUGACGUGACAUCUAGCUAUUCACUGCAUACUUCAAACAAAGCAGCACUCUGAUAUGAAAAUAAGCAUUGUUGAACUAAAGGGGUCAAAAAUGGGUGGAAAAAAAAACUGCAAAACAACAAAAAUGUGGCAGCCUGCAGCCCAGUAGACGACAUAAAAGUGAAAACUUAAAUAACCUGUCAUGAUUUAGGCUAAUGUGUAAAAGUCGAUACCUUAAUUUUACCUGCUAAUAUGGCACAAAUUUACAAUGCUCACAUAUUUCCCUCAUUAUGCAGAUAAUCAAACGGUACAGGAUUGAAAAUCCUGUAUUCACAUGUUGAUCCAGGAGUUCAGAUAUCAAAUUAGGACAGACUUAACUGACCUGACCGUGAAGCUCAUACAGUCACUAGGGGUGGGAGAGUAAUUGAUACAGGAUAGUAUUGUGAUAUUUUGUCAGGUGAUAUAUCAUAUUGUCUUAUUCACCAAGUUUUAAUUUUUCAAAUUGAUUGCUAAUAUGAAGUCAAAUCUAUGAUCAUGGAAAAAUACAAUCAACUGUUUGUCCAGUGAGGUUGGCAGAGGUGACAUCAUAGAGCAGGAGAAAGUUAGUGCAACAAAUAAGGUUUGCAAGAUGUGCAACACGAAAAUAAAAUAGAGCGUAAAUAAGACAAACAUAAAGGAAAGACAAAUGCUAAUUUAGCUAAAAAGUCAAAAAAGUUGUAUAAAUCGCAAUAUAUUGUAUCACCAUACUCACUGUAUUGCAAAAUGUUAAGCAAAAUAUAUUGUAGCACAAGUAUCGUGAUAAUAUCAUAUCGUGGGGCCACUGGUGAUUCCCACCCCUGACAGUCACUGGUUAAACCUGGUCCCCGUGUAUAUGAAGAGUGCAGACAUGCCUUGACAAUUAAUAUCCCAGCUGGGUAUAUUACCAAUGAAGGCCAAACCUUUAACUUCCAGUCAAAUUCGGCAAGGAUGAAAGAGAAAGAUGUCUUGAUAAAAAUAUUGUAGAAAACCCCUGCAGCAAUUUUCAGAAGCAAAAUAAACAAACACGAUGCGCCUAUUUGGCCAUGAAAGAAAAAAGGGUAUAAUUAGAGUGAAUCAACUCAGUGUAGGGAAAGUUUAAUGAUGAGACAAGAAUUAAUUAAACUAAAGAGAUGUUUUCCACAACAAGACACAGAUUCAACCACUGCUGGAGCAAAUGCAGGAUGCACACAUGAUCGUGUGGCUUUAUGCAGUGAGUCAAGCUGAGAAGCACUGAAAAAUUAGACUGACAUGGAGAUUAUUGUAAUGGUCCAUAAAGCAGGGGGCUGUGAGAGCAAGAAGAAUUCACAGGUGUCAGAAAGCUUUGACUCCAUUUCAGUCAGGAUGUUUCGUUGCCGACGUGAUGUUUGGGGAGUCGCCCAGCCUGCCGCAGAUUGGUGGGGAUCUCUCUGUGUGCACACAGAUCUUCCUGGGCACCACAGCAACCAUCCCACAGAAACAAGACCCCCUGCAGCUCAGCCAAUCACAGAAUCACUGAGCAGCCCGAGCCAAUAGGGCUCCAGAGAUGCUGAAGUCUGAGGCUUCUGAGCCAAUCGGAAUGUGAGUGUGGGGGUGUCCCUUUCUGAGGGGAGGGUUGCGUGCUCUGAAGCUGGCGCUGUAGCGGGAAGGGGAGGAGCUUGUUCGAGUAGAAUUCAUUCAGGAGGAGCGAUUGACCUAGAUUCGUUUUCCCCAGGAGGAGAUGGAGGGGGAGGGGGUUGCGGGUAAACACAUCCGCUACAAGGGGGAGGGGGAGAAGAGGGAGCAAUAGAAAGGGGUAGAGAAGGAGUAGGACAUGUUUUGAGGGAUGAACUCAUCAUCUGCACUGAAACAGAUCCCCAAAUCCGUCAUACAAACCUGUUGGUGCAAGAAUGCAUUUGCUGAAUGUUAAAAAAAAAAAAAGGCACAGAUACACCGAUUUAUGCACGACUGUAUGCACAAAUACAUGCAUGCACAUACAUGCAUAAAGAAGGGAUGGAGCGCACAAGAAUAUCAGUAUCAUCAGUUCAAUUAAACACGUAUAAGACGACAUCUGGCUUGAAUUAAAACCUUUAUUAACACCUUGUUGAUUAUUCGUAAUGAGGAGAAAAUGCAGAACAGAGGGUCCUCUUCAUCCUUCAAAUUAGAAUCAUAUAAACCAGUGCAAAGCCUUUUUCUCUUGUAUAUCAGAUUGUCUUUUUAAUAUGAAGUCUCUUGCUUUUUCUCUAAUUGGAUAAAAAGCUGUAAUCCCUUUAUCUUUUCUUAUCAAUCUGAUUUUGUGCCAUUCUGCAAAGUUAUACUGUAAAUUCAAAGGCAACAGAUAAGAGUGACAGAAUUAGACUUCCAAAUCUUUAAAGGAUUGACUGUAAGGCUGUCAGAUAAUAAUUGUGUACGAGGCCGCCUUCAUUUUCCCGUAUGUAUGUGUGGGCAUUUGCCAUGAGGGGAUGAGUGUGUCGGUGCAUGUAGCAAUGUUGGUGAGUCAUACGGUUACGGGAAGUAUGCAUGUGUCGGGGCCAUCUGGCAUCUAAAUUAUUAAAGGUGUAAAAUCUGCAGUUUGAAGAUUUCAGACAUGGUCCGGCUCUUAACUUCACUUAUCUCCCCUCCAUCAUAUUAAGGGCCACUCCUAUCCAAACAUCUCAGAGACUGACCUAGAAAUACACAGAAUAGAGAAUUUUCCAGUAAGUGACGAGCAUUAGGACCGUACUGACAGCAGAGCAAUCUACGUAAAUGUGAACAUAGUAGCAUAGCCUCACUGCACCACUUCUAAAGAGAUUCACACUGCAAUGCUACGUCACCACUAUCAGAAAGAAGCUCCACAGUGUGUGUGACCCAGAUAUUAUACUCACAUACUACACCACAGCCUUAUAUGUGACCUAGAAACAUGCAUAAGGCUCAACUAUUCCCACAUAUCUGAGUCAAGAUAUUGCUCGCAACUAUACGCGAUGACCUACAUCUGACCCGUCACACCGCAGAGGGCUUUAUAUGAAUGAUAAAUGAUUUACAAAAAUAGAUUUGGUCUAGUUUAUUAUUGCAUUAUGUUCUAUAUGAAAGCAAUGGAGUGGCUACAAAAGGGAAUUAGGACAUCAUUUAUUUGUUCAACGCCAUAAAGAUAGCCCUGCCUUCACUCAACAUAAUGGUCGGUAAUGAACUUGAAAUCAGGUCUUAAUCAUCUUCUUUAUCAGAUUGUGUUUGUGAUAGUGUUUUUCUCCAAAGAAUUGUAUUUUGACCUUCCUUUUUUGGUCUUUUAAUAGCUCAAGGAUGCAGUGAGGACUGCAGGAGGGUGCCCCCACCCAAACCUAAAAGAAACCCCAACACCCAACUGAGUGUUUCCUUUGACGAGUCCUACAUCAAGAGCCAUGGAGGUGGCGGUGUAUGUUCCUCCAAACCUCUCCAUCACAUCACCUCGAACUGCGAACGAAACCCCUCGCCUCCACAAAGCGACGAGAGCCCCACCGAUGACUGCGAGGAUGAGCCUGUUUACAUAGAGAUGGGCGGGAUUGAUGUCGGAGCGCGAGAACCGCUAAAGAGCGAGGAUGAAGAGCCUGGAGAGUCAGUGUACGAGGAGAUGAAGUACCCAGUUCUGGAUGAUAUGGAGUACCGUACUGACCCUGUGGGGUGUCGCUCUGCAUGCCCCACUCCGGCGCCCUAUGAUCCUGAACCUCUCAGCCGCUGCUCCACACCUCGAAACAUUCCCCUCUGUGACAUUCCUGCACCCUUCCCUAAUUUGCUCACCCACCGGCCUCCUCUGCUGGUGUUCCCACCGGCGCCUGCUCAGUGCUCACCCAACUCAGACGAGUCACCCCUCACCCCUCUUGAUGUAGCUAAACUGCCCAUGCUGGAGAACCAAUCCUACAGCAAAUCCCCCACAUCCUCCACCGAGCCCCCCUCUUCUGCACACAUCCGCAGGGAACUCACUGCCACCCCGACACUCACUGUAUCCGGCCGCUCCUCUGCGCCUCCCCUUCCCUGUACUCUCUACAAAUCCUCCUCUUCUUCUUCUUAUCAGCGCAGCCACUCCGCCUGCCCGUCACCGGUCAGCAUGGGCCGCUGUCUCACCCCUCUCAGUCUCAUGCGUACGCCUCCCUUUGAUGCCCCCAUGCCAUUUCCUGGAGGUCUGCCACGUAGCGCCUCUGCCACCCCUCAUGGCAAAGGCUCGCCACCUCAAGACAGCGUGGGUCGACUCCAUGGCUCUAUGCAGAAUGUGUCAACAGGGCGAUCAAGGACACCCACCAGCCCACUGGAUGAACUAACCAACCUGUUCACGACUGGCAGAAAUAUGUUGAAGAAAAACGCCAGUGGCAGGAAGUCAAAAGAGCCCGGAGAAAGUGAGUCAAUUCACACUUUUGUCUUAUUUUGGUACUUCUAAAGCAGAAGGCACAAACACAUCUCGUCAUGAUUGUUCAUCCGUCCCUUUGAUUCCUAGAGAUUGCACACAUCUUGUUACUAAAUUUAUUUCUAAAAAUACGACUGUUCAUCUUUUCAUUUUGUGUGCUGGAGUGACUAAACUAAGAGAAGUGAUGAGAAGGCGACCUCGCCGUCACCACAGAAGAUUGAAAAGUCUCAGAAAAUGAAUCCUCAAAAUAGGAUCAGCAUCUUAGACUGUGUUUGGACAGCAUAGUUGAGGUCAGAGCAGAAAAACUUUGACUGGAUUUGGAACAAACAAAAUGAAGUGGUCCUCAGUGACAGUGUAGUUUAUCCCUCAUUUGUGUCACCACGCUUUUCAAACCUGCUAAAUUAGGAGGCUGUGCAGAGAUUGCGUCACUUUCGCAGAACCAUAAAUAGUGUUUGUGCCGCUCUCUGAGACUUUCUGUUUAUUUAAUCGAGACCUAGCGAGCCAAGUCUGAUACUGAUCGUAUGAUUUAAUCUGAAAGGAUUAGAGACCAAAGCGGACAGCAGGUCUGUCAAACCUACUCAUGGCAUUAGGCCAUCAGGCAGCAUUACUUUUUAAAUAUGUAAACAUGGUGUGUAAACACUGAUAGCCAUGCCACACUCAAGACUAUGCCAAAAUACAUGCAGCUGUAAAUGAAAGCAGAAUUUGCUUAAAAUCAUUAGAAAAUCAAAUAACGUGGAAAAAAAACACACCAAUGCUCCCAUUAUCAUAUAGCAAGUGCACUCAUGCAUAAUACAUUGAUUAUUUUUUGUUAAAAUAGUGAUGUUAAAAAUCUAAUGUAAUGCAAAUGAAUAAAUGACGGCUGAGGCAUCAAACCAUAAAUGUUUCAGAAAUGCACAAAGCUUUGUUUAGUUCAUGCAGAGGUACAUUAUGUGUUGACCUCUAAGCUGGAAUCUCAAACGUGAAAAAAAAUCUUCAAAUUUGAGCAAAGAUACUCACUUUAGUGCUCCAAGUUAAGUAAAGCAGUUUCACAUAAAUAAAAAAUUAAAGACGGGUUCAAAAAAGUCUACACAUUCAUCCUUACUUGACGCUCUUAGCAACUACAUCAUAGCAACAGUGGAAGGAGCAGAAAUCCCUGUUUCUUAUUUGCAGUUUCCCACCCCAUGAGUAAUGCAGCCAAUCAGAGCUCAGGGCAUGCCGGUUUACAACAGAGCAGUGAGCUCCUGAUGGGGAGCAGCCACAGCUCUGAACUCAAAUUUACACCUGAUCAGAGGAUUUCAGACUCUCUUUUUUGUCCAAUCAGCAUGUACUCUCCUCAUGAUUAGACCAAUCAGAGAGCUGCGUCUGCUGUGUAGAUGAGGAUAGUUGAAGAGGAGACUUCUCAUGAUUUCUUACUGUUAUGACUUCACUGAAAUAUGUUUGUUCCAGUUGGUGUAUGCAUGGGGAAAGUGGUGCGCAUUCCUACUAUACCCUGCUGGUUGCAUGCGCUGCUUUGCAUAUAGAUGUGGAGAUACUUGUUUAUCAUAAAUGAUGGUUGGAUUAUCAAAGGAUGCAUCCAGGUGUCAGGAAAUCCCAGCAAUGUCUUACCAAGAGUCACAUGACAGCAUUUUGUUCUCUCGCCCCAUAUGGCUUGUAAACAGUUUGCAUAUGCUUUCUAUACAUCAGACUGGGCUCUUUUAAUCAAACACCUGUGUACACCACAUGGGGUUGUGUAGCUGACAGGUUGUGUGUUCUGCUCUGUGACUGGCUACAAGCACACGGUGUGUAAAGAAUGCAUGAACCUAACAGGAUGAAUGAAAGAUCAUUUUUUCUCGCUCUGCCUUUCCGAGGCGAUGGAGGCAGCAACAGCUAGUCUGACCCACUUACCAACCGGUUAAUCGCCACACUCGCACUCAUACGUACACGUGCGCAAACACUAGAAAUCUAUGUAUGAUGACGCAUGACAUGGCAAGGGGUAUGGAUGACCAGGGAUGUUUGUGCAUGGUACUGUAUGUUAAAGCUCAUAUAGGAACCAUAUAGAAGAGCAGCUUACAUGGAAUAAAUCAUGCAUGUAUAUUUAUAUGUGUGGUUAUGAUCUAUAAUGUCUAUACUUAGCCUUGGUUCUGUGACAUACAUGCAUCCUUGAUCCUUGUCAGUGUGUGCGAUGCAUACUGGUUGGAAUCUUAGAUGUAUGUUUGCUAUAGGAUAGUUGUUGUACAGUGUGAACAGACUGAUUAGUUAAUAAUAGAAAUAUAUAAAAUGCCAGAUCAUAUUUUUUUACAUGUUAUGCAGUUAUUUUAUGACAUACAGACCAAGAUUACACCUUUUUAGUUAAAGAAAAUAACCAACAGAUGUUUACAGUUGAACUGAUUGACCUAAAAAAACAUAAAACAGCUUGUGGUACUGUGUGCUAAUUUUUCACAAUGAACACUUCAUAGCUGCUAGCCCACAUAUUGACUCAUCUGACUGCGGUUGCACGCUGCAGCUUUUUGAAGAGUAGAGAGUGACACCUAGAGGAUAUAUUAAGGUACUGCAAAUAUCUAGUAGAAAAACAACAUCACACUCUGCAGCUUUUUUUUUCUCACAAGUGCGCAACCAGCAAUACAAAUUUGAACAUUUAGUUAACUUAAGUGUGAUUUUGGGAUUAUUAUUAGAUUUUUUUUUGCCAUAAUCAUCCUUUAUAUUUUCAAAUACAGAGAAAUUAGCUCAGAUUUAUGAGUCUUACAAGUACUAGGUUUUUAAUCUUUUUGUUGUUUUUUUCAACAGCUGAAUCCAAAAGCAAGUCUCACAGCGAAUCCAAGCGUGAAGGCAAAGAGCGCCACAGUCACAGCAAGGAGUCAAAGCGUGACUCCAAGGAGCGCCACAGCAAAGAGUCUUCCCACCGCAGAGACAGAGACAGAGACAAAGAGAAAGAAAAAGACAGGGACAGGGACAAAGAAAAGGACAGAGGCAGCAGCAACAUGGAGCAACAGUCCCACAGACGAAACAGCAAAGACCGUACUUGUAGCAGCGUAGAUGCACCACCUGUUCGCAGGGACAGCAGGGACCAGAGCUGCAGCAGUGUGGAGCCCAUCUCUUUGAUAAGAAGAGACUCUAAGGACAGAGGGAUCAGCAAUAGUGAGUUGAUGCCGAGGAGAGACAGCAAAGAUCGUAGCGGGGGACUAGGAAUGGAGCCUUUGCUGAGACAAGACAGCAAAGAAAGAGAGAGACUGCUGGAUCAGCCGCCUGAGCUGUUACCAAGACAGGACAGCAAGGAAAGGGUAAGAAACGGUUUAGACUGUAGACAUGAAAGCCGAGAAAAACUGCUGGAUCAGCCGCCUGAGCUCUUACCCCGCCAGGAUAGCAAAGAGAGAGCCAGGAACGGUGUGGACUCAAAGCAUGAAAGCAGAGACAGGCCCCCUGAGCUUUUACCCCGACAAGACAGCAAAGAGAGAGUUAGAACUGGAGCAGAAUACAGGCAUGAUAACAAAGAUCAACGUCCUGAUCUGUUACCCCGGCAGGAUAGCAAAGAGAGAGUGAGGAAUGAUUUAGAGCACAGACACGAAGGUAGGAUAGACCAACCACCUGAGAUCGUCCCCCGGCAAGAAACCUCCAGAAGCAGCAACAGCAAGGACAGACUUAGCACUGAAUCAAAGCAUGAUGGGAGAGAUCGGAGCUGCCACAACGGAGCAGAUCUCCCUCCUCCUCCCCAGCCUCGACAGGAUGGUAAAGACCUGAGCAGAACAGGACUGGAAAUGAGAAGGGACAGCAAAGACAGAAGUCUGAACGGCUCAGAGGCGCAUCAGUAUGAUGCAAAGAUCACAAAGAGCCCUUCUGCAACAGAGUACAGGAGUGAUGGUAAAGAACGAGGAUACAGACCAGAUGGCACACCCAAGCGGGAUCACAGACCGAGUUAUAGCACGGACCAAUCAAAAGCACAGGAGAGGAAUGGCAGCACAACGUCAGGACAGCAUUCAUCCACAACCACACCGACUCACCACAGACUGUCUGGUAGCCCACCGAUGACAGCAGGAACAGGAAAUGGUGAGGAUAAGUUUCACAGGAUAUUCUGAUAAUGAUGAUAUAUUAUUUAAUGAUGUGACUGAAAUAUAAAGCAAAAUCAAUGCAUCUCUUUUUUGUAACACUAUGUCUGAUUUAAUGACUUUUUUUUAGAUGUGAAAGCAGUGCCCAAGUAUGCUCGCUCUCCUUCUAUGCCUGCUAACCCCUCCCCUAUGGGAACACCACAAAGAAGAGCAGUGGAGUCACAACAAAGUCAGGUAUGUAAAAUUGACUGUAGUUUGAAAACACCUUUAUUUUUAUGUUAGUGAGUAAUAGGGCUGAACGAUUUUAGGAGAGGACUGAAUUGCGAUAUUUCUGGCAGACAUUGCAAAUUCAAUUCGAUUAACAAUUUUCUUUAAAUCAAGCUGCAGUGCAACAUUCACAAUGUUUAAAGUAACGUCUAGACAUUAAGCUAUACCUUUGAUGCAAGAAUGAAAACUAAAGGUAAGUUCACAUUUAAAGAAAAUGAAGUCAUCCCUAGAGGUGAUGUGCUCAAGGAACUACCCACACCACAAAGACUUGGUGGUUAAACCAGAAGGGAGCAUAACUUCAUAUUCGCCUGCAGCAUUGUUGAUUCAUAGAUUGGUUUAGAGAACUGCAGCUGAUAAUGUUCUAAACGUACUCAUGUGGUGCUAAAGGCCUUAUUAUGGAGAAGUGGGCUCUGAUGUUGUAACAUCUUUCAAUAAAUGUUAAAUAAGUAAUUUUGUACUGAAUUCAUCUUACUUUAUAUAACAUUACUGUUUGUAAGAUUAAAAUGGUGUGUUUUACUUCAAUAAUCUACGGCACCAUUUACUGGGGGCAAGUUGUGCCACAAGAACACUUGUUUCUAAAGCUAUAUUUCUCAAAUAGUUAAUUGAAGAUCCAAAGUGAUUGUUCCCAGGGAUGCACCACAUCCUAAACUAUGUGUAGGGGAAAGUGGGGUAAGAUGAGCCAUUUUUCAUAUUUUGGAUCACUACAUCAAGGCAAUCAUAGUUUUGUCUCCAACUCGUGUACCUGCAUAUGUGUCAAGAUGUUGUGCAUCCCUGCAAACCAACAGAAUGACUCAACUUACCCCACUCUCCCCUAUUAUGUCAUGGUAGUCGUUAUCUUCAGGUGUCAAAAGAUGGCAAAAGAUGUUGUAAUUGUCGCCUGUUUGCUCAUGUUUGCUAGACUUUUCCCCGGACUUUUUCGUUAUGCACGCCUCAUGCAAGUGUCCGGUAUAAGUUGGUUGUGUCUCCGCUCGAUGUAGCAAUCGAGCAACUUUAGCGCGACAGGUUUUACGCAGUAGCCUACCUGUAUCUGGUGCACGUCUGCAGCCUCAAAAAUACUCCCAGAUGACCGCCGUGCCUCUAUUCUUGGAGAUUAAAUCGCCUAACUCCGCUCGUGGUUGCGCUGAAGCCGUUUUAGAAACACGUUCCCGUUUCAAAUCACGGAGAGCAGAUUCAUACUGAUUGGUUCAUGUGACCUGUCCAUGAGGAGCAUAUGCCGCUUCUGACUGGUAAGCUUGGCAAGGAGGUGGGGAGACAUAUGAAAAACUACGGUGGCUGAGAACCGCCACUGCUGCAAAAAAAAAAAAAAAAACAGAAUGCAAAAAAAGAAGCCACAACGGAAGUUACAUAUGCAAAACAAAAGAAAUCGAAGCCCACAGCAAAUAAAAAAGAAACCGUGCAGAUUUUUUUUUUAAAAAAAAAAGCCUUUUCGUCGACUUCCCAAUGAGCAAUAGCAAUUUUUAUUUUUUUGGACCUAAUUUCAACCAUCUAGAUUCUGUAUAUUUUUAGACGUCAUAGGUGUUGCACGUUAACCCAUUAUUCAAUAACUAUUUAUUUCAAAAAGCAACUGUGAGUGGCAUAACUGAUCUCCAAGUACUUAACCAAAAUGAUCAUGGUAGCGGUUAAGCAAUAUACACUUAGACCUUUGUUAGCCGGCUAGUCUAAACUUGGUCUAAAUUUAGAUGUCUAAAAAAACUUUUAAUUUUUGGACAUGUGGUAGCCAGAUUUUUGACUAGUCGUCAAGGCUACAUUUAGACAUCUAUUUUUUUUUCCUUAUUUUUUUUUUGCAUCUUUCAUUUUCACAGUAAGUAAUUUUUUUUUUUUUUAUUUUUUUGCAUUGCAAACUUUCAUUGUGGCUUGUUUUUUUCUCUGCACCAUCUCUGUUUUUGUUCACAGUGGCCUUUGGUUUCCUUUUUUUUUUUUUUUUUAUUGCAGCAGUGGCGGUUUUCAGCCACUGUAUAAAAUAGCUGACACACAACAGAUCCUGAGUCAGUCAGAAGAGCAGCAAAAGAACAACAACAACAAAAAAAGGCUUUGGCGUUCACAUGAUGUGCUGUCUGAAAUCACAAUUUCGAUCAGAAAAUGAUGAAACCGUUCAUCCCUAGUGGGUAAUAUUUCUACAACAGCUGAUCCCAAAAUUAAGAUUUUUGUCUUUGCUCUUCUUGCUGGUUAGAAAUAUGUAAAGCUUGCCAUGGAAACAUGUGCAUUUGGCACCUCUAUAUGAACUGAUGAAGGUCAGCUUUAUACUCAUAAAGGAUUGUACGGUUUUGCGAUAUUCCGAUUUUCUCUUUCUUCAAAGGGAGGGUAAAAAAAAUUAGUAUAGUUGUAUUCAUGUAAUUUGAUGUCUCUGGCUCUCAGAUGCCCCAGAUGCCGUGGAUCUGUGGAGACACCACCAUGCUGGAACAGAUUGAGAGGAAGCGUACCCUCUGCAUGGAAAUCCGCUCCAGACAGCAUCCCCACCUCCAGAGAUAUCUGGAGAGGCCUCCCCCACCUCCAGACAGAAACGAGGAGAGGCACCAGGAACGGAGUCAGUGCAAACAGGAGAGCGCAUCAGUCCUCCCAGGCUGGGUGAAAAGCAGCGGGGCCAAAAAAAUCCGUCCUCCCCCUUACCCUACACAAAAAACUGUCUUCUGGGACACGGCCAUCUAA